AUGGCCAGUCUGGUGGCCCGCCUGGUGGCCCGUCUGGUGGCCCGCCUGGUGGCCCGUCUGGUGGCCCGCCUGGUGGCCCAUGUGGUGGCCUAUGUGGUGGCCCGCCUGGUGGCCCGUCUGGUGGCCCGUCUGGUGGCCCAUCUGGUGGCCCGUCUGGUGGCCCAUGUGGUGGCCUAUGUGGUGGCCCGCCUGAUGGCCCGUCUGGUGGCCCGCCUGGUGGCCUAUGUGGUGGCCCGCCUGGUGGCCCGCCUGGUGGCCCGCCUGGUGGCCCGUCUGGUGGCCCGCCUGGUGGCCUGCCUGGUGGCCCGUCUGGUGGCCCAUGUGGUGGCCUAUGUGGUGGCCCGCCUGGUGGCCCGCCUGGUGGCCCGUCUGGUGGCCCGCCUGGUGGCCCACCAUGUGGCCCGUCUGGUGGCCCGUCUGGUGGCCCGCCUGGUGGCCCACCUUGUGGCCCGUCUGGUGGCCCGCCUGGUGGCCCGCCUGGUGGCCCGCCUGGUGGCCCGUCUGAUGGCCCGUCUGGUGGCCCAUGUGGUGGCCUAUGUGGUGGUCCGCCUGAUGGCCCGUCUGGUGGCCCGCCUGGUGGCCUAUGUGGUGGCCCGCCUGGUGGCCCGCCUGGUGGCCCGUCUGGUGGCCCGCCUGGUGGCCCGUCUGGUGGCCUGUCUGGUGGCCCACCUUGUGGCCCGUCUGGUGGCCUGCCUGGUGGCUCGCCUGGUGGCCCGCCUGGUGGCCCGUCUGGUGGCCCACCUUGUGGCCCGUCUGGUGGCCCGCCUGGUGGCCCGUCUGGUGGCCCGUCUGGUGGCCCACCUGGUGGCCCGUCUGGUGGCCCGUCUGGUGGCCCAUGUGGUGGCCUAUGUGGUGGCCCGCCUGAUGGCCCAUCUGGUGGCCCGCCUGGUGGCCUAUGUGGUGGCCCGCCUGGUGGCUCGCCUGGUGGCCCGCCUGGUGGCCCGUCUGGUGGCCCGCCUGGUGGCCCGCCUGGUGGCCCGUCUGGUGGCCCGCCUGGUGUGGGAACCGACCUUGCACGAGAGGGACGCUGUUAAGCGCCUUCAAAAAGCAGCCGAUCCAUCAGGCUGUGAUUCCUACGUCAUUGUGCGUGCAGCGGCAACCAACAGUUUUGUCGAUCAGGUCUCGUUCGACACCCGGUCGCGAGUGGACAUUGAUCCUCCCUGGAGCCCCACAGCUGGAGCCCACAGCUGGAGCCCACAGCUGGAACCCACAGCUGGAGCCCACAACUGGAGCCCACAACUGGAGAUCAGAGCUGCAGCCUACAACUGGAACCCACAACUGGAGCCCAAAACUGGAGCCCACAACUGGAACCCACAACUAGAGCUCACAACUGGAGCCCAAAACUGGAGCCCACAACUGGAGCCCACAACUGGAGCCCACAGCUGCAGCCCACAACUGGAGUCCACAGCUGCAGGCCACAACUGGAGCCCACAACUGGAGCCCACAACUGGAGCCCACAACUGCAGCCCACAGCUGGAGCCCACAGCUGCAGCCCACAACUGGAGCCCACAGCUGCAGCCCACAACUGGAGCCCACAACUGGAGCCCACAACUGGAGCCCACAGCUGCAGCCCACAACUGGAGCCCACAGCUGCAGCCCACAGCUGCAGCCCACAGCUGCAGCCCACAGCUGCAGCUAGCCCACAACUGGAGCCCACAGCUGGAGCCCACAACUGGAGCCCACAGCUGGAGCCCACAACUGGAGCCCACAGCUGCAGCCCACAACUGGAGCCCACAGCUGCAGCCCACAGCUGCGCAGCCCACAACUGGAGCCCACAGCUGCAGCCCACAACUGGAGCCCACAGCUGCAGCCCACAACUGGAGCCCACAGCUGCAGCCCACAGCUGCAGCCCACAGCUGCAGCCCACAACUGGAGCCCACAGCUGCAGCCCACAGCUGCAGCCCACAGCUGGAGCCCACAGCUGCAGCCCACAACUGGAGUCCACAGCUGGAGCCCACAACUGGACUGGAUCCCACAGCUGGAGCCCACAACUGGAGCCAACUGGAGCCAACUGGAGCCCACAGCUGCAGCCCACAGCUGGAGUCCACAGCUGGAGCCCACAACUGGAGCCCACAACUGGAACCCACAACUGCAGCCCAUAGCUGGAGCCUACAGCUGGAGCCCACAACUGGAGCCCACAACUGGAGCCCACAACUGGAGCCCACAGCUGCAGCCCACAACUGGAGCCCACAAUUAGAGCUCACAACUGGAGCCCACAACUGGAGCCCACAGCUGCAGCCCACAACUGGAGCCCACAGCUGCAGCCCACAACUGGAGCCCACAGCUGCAGCCCACAACUGGAGCCCACAGCUGCAGCCCACAGCUGCAGCCCACAACUGGAGCCCACAGCUGCAGCCCACAACUGGAGCCCACAGCUGCAGCCUACAACUGGAGCCCACAGCUGCAGCCCACAACUGGAGCCCACAGCUGCAGCCCACAGCUGCAGCCCACAGCUGCAGCCCACAGCUGCAGCCCACAACUGGAGCCCACGGCUGGAGCCCACAGCUGCAGCCCACAGCUGCAGCCCACAGCUGCAGCCCACAGCUGCAGCCCACAACUGGAGUCCACAGCUGGAGCCCACAACUGGAGCCCAUUGCUGGAGCCUACAGCUGGAGCCCACAACUGGAGCCCACAGCUGGAAUCCACAACUGGAGCCCAUAG